AUGAAUGUUGAGCAAACCGUAAAUGUUUGUCGAUUAAAUGCCAAGUCGGAUCUAGUCAAGUCGAUACUUGCUUCAACAACAUUUUCCGAUUCCAAAGACGUAGUAGCAAAGCUGAUAGUAGAGCAAAAUAACGAAGUAAAAGAGCGUCAGGUUUUAGCAUUUCGCACAUGUGGCAGUAACUUUUCCAGAAAUUUUCGUGAUAGUUUUCGUGGGCAUAGUAAUUAUAACCCAAGUCGCAAUUUUACUGGUUAUAUGAACAGGUUUUCUUCAGGCAAUGGAAACCAGCGCUAUCGACCCACUAACGGAUACACCCACCAAAGUGUCAGCAAUAAUAACCGUUUUAACAAUAAUCGUGUUAGUAAUAGGAACAACACCAAUAAUAGCAGAUCUUCGAAUAAUAGGGGUAGAAACGCAAAUAUCCGUGCUUUAAACGCUCACGCCCCUCAGGAGCGAACAUUGGGGGAGCAGGAGCUAGACAACUAA